UUAUACAAAUAAUGCUCCAGUGUAUUUUGUUUUUUCAAUUUAUGCAUUAUGUACGAGUUUGAUUAUUUUCUAGUCAUUACAAAACUCCGUUAAAUAUUGUUAAUAAAAAUCGUAGUUUCAACAGUGGUGGAAUUUUCAGCUAACCAAAAUAAUUACAAAUGCUUUUGUAAAGGAUUCAUUACUAAUUCAUAAAUUAAAGUGACAUCGUGGUAAUGUUUGUAUUUUUCAGACAGAUGGUAUAUUAUUAUUAUAAUAAAGGGGGAAGCGCUAAGCCCGUAGGGUUAUACAGCGCCUGGGGAAGAAUGUGGAAGGCAUUCAGGCUUAAUUCGGGGAACUGGAGCACAGAUCCAAUUCCCUAAAUCAAGAGGACAGAUGGCAUAGUUUCCUGUCUUAUUGUUGGUUAACUGUAACAUUGUGUUCUACCAGAGACAGCGAUGGGACGCAGCAUCAAUGCUCAGGAAGACAGUGAAUCACAAUACGUUCAAGCUGUCAGGAAGAUGACCAGGUACGUUCAUCAACGCAUUUUUCGUCCCUGGCUACACAACGACUUCAUGUACAAGCUUCUGGGACCUGCCAAAGAUUUUGAAGCUUGCCUAAAAGUUCUCCACAACAUGUCCAACAGCACCAUCAAGGAGAGGAAACAAAACAAAACCAUCGAGAAUAAAUCAGUCAUUGGAGAGACGGAAGAAAAAUACGGUAAGUUAUAUGUUCGAAUGCCAUUUCAGUGA